AUGAUGGCCUCGGUGGUCGUCGGUGGUAACCGGAGGAGGUCUCUCACGCUGAGAGGGGUGGACCCCGAGACCUGUAUGAUCGUGUUCAAGAACCACUGGUCACAGGUGGUGAAGAUCCUGGAGAAACACGAGCCGGGUCGUAGCCUCACCGGCGCGUUGAGCUUCCUCUCCGGUCACGGCGGUAGCAGCGGCUCCGGAGCGCUCCGCCUCGGCCCGAUCCCGGCUGACGAGGCCAGCGCUGUCCAGAACUACGUGGAGCACAUGCUCUUCCUGCUGAUGGAGGAAGAGGCGGGCCAAGGAGGAGCGAUGGGUCCCAUCCUGGAGUUUGUGGUGGUGGAGGGCGUGAUGGAGAGGCUGUUCCUGUGGAGCCUGAGGAGACAGUUCACCGAGGACAUGAAGCUGGAGCAGCUCAGGAUGUACCAGAUGCUUCUGUCUCAGGCCAGGCAGCCUCUUCUGCACCACAAACCGGUUCUACGACCGCUCAUGAUGCUGCUGGCCUCCUGCGCCGGAGCGGGAACUGACAGCGGUGGCGUGGUGGAGGCGGAGCUUGUCCUCCUGUUGAACCAGCUGUGUGUCGCUCUGGUCAAAGACCCCUCAGUGCUGGAGCUCUUCUUCCACACCAGCGAGGACCAGGGAGCCGCCAACUUCCUGCUCUUCUCCCUGCUCAUACCAUACACACACAGACAGGGUUCUGUCGGUCAGCAGGCCAGAGACGCUCUGCUGCUCAUCAUGUCUCUGUCGGCCUCUGACCCUCGAGUCGCCCUGCACAUCGCCGAGAACACGUACUUCUGUCCUGUGCUGGCCACAGGUCUGUCCGGUUUGUACUCGUCUCUUCCGGCCCGGCUGCAGGUUUACAGCGACGACUGGCACUGUCUGGACCGGGCCGACUGGCAGCAGGUUCCGGCUCUAGUCCACUUCCUGCACUCCCUGGACUUCUGCAGCGCUGUUACCAAGGUGGCUCAUCCCUCCAUCCGGUCUCAGCUGCUGGGUUACAUCUACAACGGGUUCCUGGUUCCGGUCCUGGCUCCGGCUCUGCACAAGCUGACGGUGGAGGAGGUGAUGACCACCACGGCUUACCUGGAUCUCUUCCUGCGCUCCGUCUCUGAGCCGGCCCUCCUCCAGAGCUUCCUCUCCUUCAUCCUGCUGCACGCGCACGACAACGUGCACAUCCUGGACACGCUGGUCAGCCGGGUCAACACACCUUUCCAGUUGGGCACGGUGUCUCUGGCUCUGUUCAGGACUCUGAUUGGUCUGUUCUGUGAAGACGUCAUGCUGCAGCUGGUGUUCAGGUAUCUGAUUCCCUGCAGCCACCUGAGCGAGAAGCAGCGCUCCUCCCUGAGGCGGAGGGACUGCUGCUCCUCCAGCGCCGCCUCCUUCCUGCUCCUCCUGCCCUCCUGGUGUCCCGGGAACCUCCUCAACAUGAACGCACAAUCAGAGCACAUCCAUUGGCCCAAAGGAGCAGAUCUGUCAGUUUCAGACAGUGUCAGUUUCUGUCGGGGCUCAGACUUCCUGAUGGAUGUGAACUACCUUCACUACCUCUGGGACGCACGCCAAACCAUCUCCACCGCCCUCAGGGCAUGUCGGCUCUGGUCGUCUCCGUAUGACGGGAUCGACCCUCCGCCUCAAGACUACCGAUGGGACACACCAGGAGACGACAUGGAAGAUGAGGACGAGAUCGUACGGCGGGUCGAGAGUGACUCCAUCUGCUCUUUCUUCAUCGCUCCUCCCCCCUCAGCCCUCUCCCCGACGCCAUCCUCCUCAGACACCGUCUCCACGGGUAACCAAGUGGGACGAGCCGGCUCUGUCCUGGAGCUGGAGUGGGACGACAUUUUCGCAGACGACGAUCUGUUGAUAAACGCGUCACUAGCGAAUGGCGGCGUGACCGCAGAGGUCGACAGAUGCGUUGCGACGCCUCAACACAUCCAGGAAAUGCGACGCACCGCGACCAAGCUGGUGCAUGGCUCGUACGUGGAGGAAUCCGAGUUUGAGGACGACGUUCUGGUCUACAAUCUAGUCGCCCAGAGGGAAACAAAGGUGGCCAUUUUGGAGCAAAUCAUGGCAGCAAAUCGACGGGGACGAGGGAGCAUCUCAAAUGGGCAGCGGGUGUCGACAGCAGCGACGACCACAAUGAUAACAACAAUGUUAACGACAACGGGGAAGACUGUCAUGGAAACGGUUAACGGUAUAAUGUCGACAAGGAGGAGGAGCGAGGAUGUAGUGAAAGAGGAAAGAAGAAGGAGUGAGGAUUAUGUGAAGGAGGUGAGAAGGAGGAGUGAGGACUUUGGAAAGAUGGGGAGAAGGAAGGAGGAAGGAGAAGAUGAGCUAAAGAGGAUGGAUGUACAAGGAUUACGUCAGUGUUUCACCAACGGCUUUAACGUAAAGAAUCACAUCAUCGACGAAUGUGAUGAUACCGACGAAGACGAAGAGACAUUUAAGCAAAACCAGAACGCACAACAUCCCACGCCAUGUUUAGUGACUUUACCCAAUGGCCACUCUGAAUUUGAGCCACAUGACCCUUUGGUGACCGAUGCAAAGUCUCCAAAUCUGCCUAGCAACAGAGUCGCCAACAAUGAUGACUUCCUGUCCCGAUACCACGAGCUCAUGCUCUCUUUGGGGGUGGAGCCGGACUGUGAUGACGUCACAAACGACAUCAGCACAUUCAGGAGGCGGGUCCGAGCGCUGAGGCAAAAACUAGAAGAGGAGGAGGAGUCGGCUUUUAGCUCCUCGUGGGAUGACGGAGAGGAGGAGGAAGAAGGAGAGGAGGAGGCGAUGGAGGAAGUGGAAGAGGAAGGAGAGGAGAAGGGGAGUAGGUGUAAGAAAGGCAGCAGGAGGCACGGAGUUCCCUUUACAGGUCCGUUCAUCAGCGUGCUGUUGUCGCGCCUCGAGAACCUCCUGGAAAACUCCAUCGCCGUGAACCUGCUGGUGACGGGCAUCCUGGCCCAGCUGGCGUCGUACCCGCAACCUCUUCUGAGAUCCUUCCUGCUCCGCGACGACACUCACGAACAGCCCAACGUACGCACACUGCACCAGGUGUUGGUGUCGGUGCGCGCUCAGAUUGAGCGCUACGUGGCGGCCAGGCCAGACUUCCCUGCCCUGGUCACUCAGGCCUGGAGGUUCUUGUUGGCUAAAGACCAAGACAGCAAGUUUAGAGAGUGCCUCCAGUCUCGGAGCGGUGACGUCAUCCUGGACCCGUCCAUCCCUAACGGCUCCGUGACGAACGCCCUGGCCUUGCCUCCUCUCGCCGUCCUGCCGCCGUGCCCUCCCAUCCCACCUCACGCCAAGAGCCGAGUGUUCGCCAUCGUCCUGUUCGCCGAGUUCCUGAAGGAGCUGGCGGCCAUCGCCCAGGAGCACAGCAUCGCUCCGGACUGCACCGCCGAGGAGGAGUGACCAACCGCCCGUCCAGCUGUGAA